GUUUUAUCCAUCCCUUCCCAAUUCAUCUCCAAAUUUUGAGCUGUCCGGCACAUUUGGAGCUUCAAAUGGAGCUAGACAGUCAUGGAACAAUAUGUCUAUUUCAAAGAACCCUCAGCGUCCACCAUUGUCAAACUUAGAUGGGAUACAAGACCUGGAGAAUGGAUCUUCAUUUCCUUUAGAUUAUAUUGGUUCAAAUUCUAAGGACACAAAUACUUUCAAUUCUCUUCCAGAUCUCAAAAUUUCAAAAUCGUUCGGUAUCAACAGUGCACUAUUGCAAAUGGACGGAAGUAAUGUCUCCUCAAGUAUUGAGUUGAGACUUGGGCAUCCAUCCCAGCAAAGCAAAAAGUUGGGAACUUUAGCUCCACAAACUUUUGAGUAUCAUUCCAUUGUCAAACCAAUGGAAUACCAACAACCAUUGUUUCCAGAGCCCCUUAUGCAUAAAGCAGUUGAAUCACAGGCAGUGGAAGAAAGCAAGUCAAAUUUUCAUAUGUUGAAUUCGAGUUCAAUAAGUGGAAAGUGCCAGCCAGACCUUGUCAACUCCGCCUAUGGACUCCACAAUGCAACAAGUGAAUCCAGAACUAGAAAUUCCAUAUUUCCUGUGGUACAAGCGCAGUUCAAGGGUCCUUCAGAAGGACUACUGUACUCUGAAGAUAUCAAAAAUAUGGUUAAUGGAAGUCAUACUCCACCCAGAGAACCUCAGUUGAUAAAGUUGUGGCCAACAAUAUUGUUAAUUUACACAGUGCUGCUGAGUUGAACUUUGGACUCUACUCCAAGAAUUACAAAAAUAAAAGGACUGUUAAGACAAUUGUGGAAG